CUCGACGUCGGCGCCGCCGCCCCGGUCUUCACCCUCCCCGCCACCGGCGGCGGCACCGUCGCGCUCGCCGACGUCGUCAAGGCGAACAAGUACACCGUGCUCUACUUCUACAACCAGGAUUUUUCCUCGGGUUGCUCCAUCGAGGCUGAGCGCUUCAACCAGGCGCUCGGCGACUUCAAGGCGAAGGGCGCCGAGGUCGUCGGCGUCUCCAUGGACCCCAUGGACAAGCACGAGGAGUUCUGCAGCGCCAAGGACCUGAAGUUCAAGCUCCUGUCGGACAACGACGGUAAGGUCUCAGAGGCGUACGGGGCGGAUCUCAAGAUUCCCAUCCUCGGCAAGUUCUCCGACCGCCAGACCUUCCUCAUCGACUCGUCGGGCGUCGUCAAGGGGCACUGGCUC